UUUCGGUUUAGCAUUUCCUGUAUUAGAUGGGAUGCAAAGGCAGGAAAUAUUUGAUGCCGCUAUAUUGCUCGUUGUCAUUGAUCUUGGGAUUCAUGAUCAUCUCGCAUGCGUACUUGUGAUUCAGAUCAAUGAAAAGACAGGGUUUGGGGAGACAGCUGACGUUUCGAUGAGGAAAUAGUGACCGGUGAAUCACACUCGGUGUACCCAGGGAAGUAGAAGCCGCUGACCCCGUUACAGAGUGGUAGAUGAACGUUUGUUGAAGCGGACUGUACAUGCAUAGGGGACAUUCAUUAGCACACAUCUAUAAUGGCAAAGUGUCGUCCACACACAAAUCUACAGGAAGUGAGUGUCAAAGUUGGCACAGAGACUGUCUGUACCAUGUUGGCGAGCAACAUUAGCGACAUUAUCACAACACACACAGAUGCAAGUGUAACCUUGAAGACUGUUCCAAAGGAUUUUCAGGAAGAAACCUUGAUGCCUGUGAUGAAAAACGUUUGUAUCGAGAACACUGUUGAGACCAUAGAGAAUACAAAGGAGGACGAGGAACCAACAGAAAGCAACGAUGACACCAUUGAUUCCUUAUUGCGGCUGACGGCUCGUAUCAAUGCAAAUAUACAAAACGGCUCGAUCCCACGUAGCGUUUCAAUCUGUAACACAGAGCUCAGUGUUGAAGACGGUCAUGGCGGACAACCUGAAAAUGGCAUGGUUGAAGAUGGUAUUACAGUGUAUUCUCAUUGGCCAGUAUCACUCCAAUUCUCUGACCCACAACUGCGGGUUGACAGAAUGUUGAGCGAAGACCUCAUUGAAACUCCCACUGCGGUGCCCAAUGAAAUGUUGAUGGUUAUACGUCACGUUGCGGUUCAACAAAAGAUGGGUAGCGAGCUGCUCGGCCUAGCGAGGCAGAUUCCAGAUGUCAGAAUGCUGCUGCUGCUGCUGCCGCUACGUCUCUACCUGAAAUGGGUUUUCUGGACCCUAGCGGAGCCUCAUAUGGAACGCAGUAUGGAUAGAUGGGAUAUGUCCCCAGAAAUAGAAGCACACCUGGUUAUUAUGGCUUCAUGUUGCGUUCUGGACAGGCCAGCUAUAUCCCCAAUCGCUGCCACAACACAAUCAAUAUCAGAUCAGUAUUGUGUCGUAGUCUUUGUGGUAACAACAGCCCUGAUUAAUCCAACUGACCAUGUAUCAUGGACGGUGGAAAGAGAAACCUGGUCUGCGCCGUGGCUUCAGGACAACCAGGCAACAGCUGACUCAGUUGCCAUGGAAACUCAAGCCUCUCUUGGACAAAUGCCGGUAGACAACCAGAUUGCUGCCAGCUCAAAGGCUAUGGAAAACCAAGCAUCUAUUGUACAAGGAUCUGUAGAGAACCAGAUUGCUGCCGGCUCAAAGACUGUGGAGACCCAGGCCUCUCUUGGACAAGGAUCUGUAAACAACCAGAUUACUGCCAGCUCAAAGGCUGUGGAGACCCAGGCCUCUCUUGGACAAGGAUCUAUAGACAACCAGAUUGCUGCCGGCUCAAAGAUUGGGGAGACCCAGGCCUCUCUUGGACAAGGGUCUGUAGACAACCAGAUUGCUGCCGGCUCAAAGAUUGUGGAGACCCAGGCCUCUCUUGGACAAGGGUCUGUAGACAACCAGACUGAUGCCAGCUCAAAGGCUAUGGAAAUCGAAGCCUCUCUUGUACAAGGGUCUGUACAUAACCAGAUUGAUGCCAGCUCAAAGGCUAUGGAGACCCAGGCCUCUCUUGUACAAGGGUCUGUAGACAACCAGAUUGCUGCCGGCUCAAAGGCUAUGGAAAACCAAGCCUCUCUUGGACAAGGGUCUGUAGACGACCAGAUUGAUGCCAGUUCAAUGGCUAUGGAAAACCAAGCAUCUAUUGUACAAGGGUCUGUAGACAACCAGAUUGAUGCCAGCUCAAAGGCUAUGGAAAACCAAGCAUCUGUUGUACAAGGGUCUGUUCACAGUCAGACUGCUGCCGACUCAAAUGCUAUUGAAAUCCAAGCCUCUCUUGUACAAGGGUCUGUAGACGACCAGAUUGAUGCCAGCUCAAAGGCUAUGGAAAACCAAGCAUCUGUUGUACAAGGGUCUGUUCACAGUCAGACUGCUGCCGACUCAAAUGCUAUUGAAAUCCAAGCCUCUCUUGUACAAGGGUCUGUUGAUAGCGUGGUUGCUACCGUCUCAAAGGCUAUGGAAAACCAAGCCUUUCUUCAACAAGGACCAGUAGACAGCCAGAUUGCUGCCGGCUCAAAGGCUAUGGAAAACCUUGUCUCUUUUGUAGAACGACCUGUAGAAAGCCAUACUGCUGCCGACUCAAAUGCUAUUGAAAUCCAAGCCUUUCUUGAACAAAUGCCUGUAGACAGCAAGACUGCUGCCGGCUUAAGGGCUGUAGAAACCCAGGCCUCUCUUGUACAAGGACCUGUAGACAGUCAGACUGUUGCCGCCUCAAAGGCUGUAGAAAACAAAGUCUCUCUUCAACAAGGACCAGCAGACAGCCAAAUUGCCGCCGGUCCGAAGGCUAUGGAAAACCAGGCCUCUCUUCUACAACGACCUGUAGAAAGCCAGAUUGAUGCCGGCUCAAAGGCUAUGCAAAUCGAAGCCUCUCUUGGACAAGGGUCUGUAGACGACCAGAUUGAUGCCAGCUCAAAGGCUAUGGAAAACCAAGCAUCUGUUGUACAAGGGGUCUGUUGA